AUGGAAUUCAAGGAGCGAAUGCAAUUUCAUUUGUGCAUGAGAGAAUUGAAAGGGAAAGAAAGAAAAAACAAGCAAAUGCAUCAGUGCCGAUGGCUGUCAUGGAAAAAGCUUUUUUCUUUGUGCAGAAAAUUAUAUGGAAAAAAUAUUUUCCCACAACACAUACGAGGGCCUGGAUUGGAUACAGAAAGUAAGAUGCAACAUAAUUGUAACGAGGAUGUUUGA